AUGUUUUUUUCUGUGGAGAGGGAGGACAACCCGGAAGGUAUGACAAAAUGUAAGCUGGAAGAACAGGGGGGGACUCCCCUUUCGGAUGUAGCAAGUAGAGACAUGAAAGGAGUGCUGAAUGACCACCUGGUCAGGCAAAACAACAACGGAAAUGGGAAAGAAACUAUGAUGAAGAAAAAAAACGAACAUGCUGAAAGGACAUCUAAUGAGCAAACGCAGAAGAAAGAAAAUGUAGAAACGCCAAUGCAGUACACCAUAAGUAUGCUGGACGAAUUCGUGUCCAAGACGAGUGAAUAUUCGAAGCUUUUUCUGAGCCAUUUUAAUGAAGAAGAAUCUCCAGUCGUAGAAAAAGGCAAAAGUACAAAUUUGUUAGUAAACAAAACGGAUGAUGGCCAAGUGGAAGGAAAACAAAGUGAUCACUCUGGGGAGAAGGACAGUCAUAUGCUCCACAAUCGAGAAAAGGAAAAUAUUAUGACCGAGUUUCAAAGAAGCAUGUUCCUUCCAGAGGAUAACGAAAACGACACGAAAAAUGAUUGCUACAUGAGCAGUUGCAAAGAUGAGGAGGUAUCCAAUGGGUCGAAUAACGUCUACUCGUGUUACUCAAGUCACGCGUUUGACCGUCUAGAUAACACCACAGCGUUCAAGGGGGAGAAGAAGUUUGGGGAAUCAUCUGGGGAUGCUGAUUUCGCUGGUGGAAAGAAUCAAAAUGGGACGCUCCUCCAUAAGGACAGCAAUGAAGAGGCCGCUACGGAGGAAGAAGCCACUAAGGAUGAGGAAGCCGCUAAGGUUGAGGAGACACACACAGAUGAGGAAGCCAAACGGGAGAGGUACUCCACAUACAGCACUGGGAAAAGUAACUCCUAUGACGAUAUUCAGAAGUACUCUGACCAGGAAAUGAGCGAAGAUGCAAAGGAUGAAGAAUCUCCAAAAGGUGAACUCAAGAACGGGAAGAAGAACCAACUCCAGAUGAGCAGCACAUUUGGGAAACCAGCAUUGAGUAACAAAUCGCUAGAAGAACUGAACUACAGCAACAGGAAAUCUCACUCCCCUUCCCUUAUUGAGAAGGAAAGCCUGCUAGACAUCUCCUCCAUAGCGGAUGAGGCGAGGAAGAGGGUGUAUGUUGAGCUGGGUUAUAACUUAAGCGAUAUAAGCAAUUUGUGCGCACCCCUCAAGGGGAAGGGCCCGGAGAAGGACGCGGAGGACAUUACAGGGGGGGACCUUAAGAAGACUGCUAUGCAAGAUGAUAGCGAACCGGAGGACGCAUUCCAGUCGCCCCACGUGGGCAGCAACUCCGGAAGCGGCGCCUGCAGCGAGAGCGGCGGGAGCAGCAGGAACGGCUCCGCGGAGUUGGAAAAAAUAUUUACCAAGUACCAAUUUGAGGUCUCCCACGUGUCCAAGUACUUUGACUUUGGGAAGAACGAGCAGAAGGGGGGUGCCCCACUGGUGGGAGAAGCGGUAGAUGAAGCGGUAGAUGAAGCGGUGGACGAAGUGGUGGACGAAGCGGUAGACGAAGCGGUAGACGAAGCGGUAAACGACGCAGAUAAGGCGCUCGAGAGGGGACGGGGACAUGCCCAUCCACAGAGCGAAGACGAGACGCACCCAUUUAACGUGGAGGCGCUGAAAAAAACGUCCUCCAUGAACUUCUCCUUCGAGGAAGAAUCCGUCAACAUGGAUGUGUACGCUACUAACUACAUAACGGAGGACGUGCUCAAGGGCAUGCUAAACAUAAUGGAGGAAAGAAUCACCUUCGACGCAUUUAAGAAUGCCUCCUCAGAUGCGAAUUACCAAAUGAGUUCGUCCAACGUGGAGCUGCUGUACAACGCUAUUUUGCGUCAUCGUGAUGGUAGUGCAAAGGGGGAACUUAUGGCAGACGGUUCACAUCCCUCUGAUGAGGGAAACCUACAGAAGAAAUGCACAAGCAGCGAAAAAAAAAAGGAAGAAAAAUAUAUAACCCUUGCUGACAUCAAAUCGUACGUCAUACAGAGGAACGAAAAAAACAGUAACUACUUUAACGAAAUUAUGAAGAUGGUCGUCCAUUUUAACAAUAUGCUGCUGCUAAUGAGGAGUAACAAGGGCGUGGAGGUGGAGGACAAGCUGCUGUUCGAGCUGGUGUCCUUGAAAUUCGCUUCACUGUUUAACGACGUCCUGCAGGUGCACAACAGGUCAAACAGGUUAAACAGCUUGGACAGCUUGGACUGCUUCGACAACCUCAUCAAACACAUAAACGAAAUUAUUAAACUGAUUCUCUCGGAGGAGGACUCACCGAAGAGAAGCUUGAGGGAUAUCAUAGCGGGUUACCUGACCAGUCAGAAAAUUCUGGUUCACAAGAAUGAUAUCCUCUCGCAGAUGAGCGCCACGCGCCACGCGCAGGGGGGAGAAGGUGCAGACGUAGCGGGAAACACAUCCAGUGAGCAGCAAACGAAGCUGAGCGGCUCUCCCACCACGGAGGCGGGGGAAAAUGCUAUGAGACACGCCAAAACGGGAGAGAGGGAUUCCCCUAUGAACGACGAAGAGGGGGAUACCAAAUCGGCAAUCAAGUUGACAGAUGCAGAGAACAACACUCGCAAUUUGACAAAGGACAUUAUAAUGGACGAAAUAAAGAACACCAAGAAGGAAGGCGCAGGUAACGAUGACGCGAAGAAAAACCCGACUGCCUGCGCGAAACGGGGGGGAAAAGGGUCCGGCACGCCCUUCCCCAAGGAGUUGGCUCCCUCGAAUGGCAGCAGCAUUGUAAGCGGUAGCAGCGCUAUAAGCGGCAACAGUGCUAUACGCGGCAACAGUGCUAUGCGCGGUAGCGGGAACACUGGAGGAGGCAAUCCCAGUGGCAACAAAUCCCACGCAAACCUAACGCAGACGGAUGCAAAACCCGCCGCGUGCAAAAACGCCAAACUGAAGGACUCGAUCGUCAAAAAGACACGUGAAAAACAGGAAGGCACAAAAGAGCUAACCAAAAGUGAGGAAGAAAAUGAAAAAAAUAAAAAAAUAAAUAAAACGAAGAAAACGAAAAAAACGAACAAAGCAGAAACAGCGGAUGAGAGAAAUUCCAGCGGUCUAACCGACGGAAAGAAAAAAAACGAAUUAGCAAAAAAUUUGAAGCAGAAAAAAACGGCGGCAAUCUCCAAAACUGUGGAAGAAAAAACACCCGGGGAUGUUAAAAAGGUGGUAACCAGUAAGAAGGGCGAAAAGGGCCAAAAAGGUGCAGAGGAAAUUAAGGGGAAAAGCAAAAUCUUCUGGCCGAAUAACUUCAGCAUUAAAAGGGAAAACCCCGACCAGGGGAAAAAUAAAAAGGUGGACUCCAGGGCGACCCUCAAUUUUAACUAUCCUAAGUAUAGCAGGGAUGAUAGCAUGCACGCCGUUGCGAGCUAUAUGAAGAGGUACGGCCCCACCAGCGCCGCAAACGCAGGAGCGGUAGCGGUCGCGGCAGGUGUGGCUGAAACUGCCGCCGCUUUCCAGAAGACGCACUUGGUGCAGCAAAGUAAACUGGCCCCCCAGAUGAGGUGUCCGCACAAGAAGGGCCAGCCCGGAGUGCCCAGCAUGAGCGGCGCCCACAUGCACAGCGUCAGUGUGAACAGUGCACUUGUGAGCAGUGCCCAUAUGAACGGCAUCCACAUGAAUGGCGCCCACAUGAAUGGCGCCCACAUGAAUGGAACCCACAUGAACGGCGCCCACAUGAGUAUCGCCCAUGGAAGGGCAAACAUACCAAACGGAAUGACCCCCUACGAGGUUAAGACGCAAGACAGGGCGUCCAUAACGAAUCUGCCAAACUUUAACGACGCCUAUAAAAUGCGAAUGGGGAAGUCCCCCCUAGGAGGACUCCACCCAGUGCGCGAAAUGAAAUCAGAAAAUUAUUUGUGGAGGGAAGUACAGGGCAAAGGUUCUAACGAGAGGAAGCAGCUGGCUAGCGAAAAUCACAGCUACGAUUUAAUUUAUAAUUACAGCGGAAAGUUGGCCCAAGUGAAAAACGGGACUGGUAACCUGCCAGUCCAACCUGGGAAGGCGGAGGAAACGGUGAACGGUGUGAAACUCCCUGAGGAUAAAACCAAGCCAGCCAACAUCCCCGUGGCAAACCUCACCAAAGGAAGCAACCAACUGUGGGGGCACCAAAAAACGCAGGUCGAAGUUUCGAAAGAUGACACGCUGCUUGACAAAAAUAAGGUCAAUUUGCGAGAAGCAGACGAAAAGGACGCCCUGGGGAAGACCCCGGCGGAGCAGGCCAACCAACUUAAAGAAGAAAGCGAAGAUAGCAAGGAUGGCGAGAGGUUGGAGCGUUGCGGGGAUGACCCCCUCAAAGGGAAAAUCGCUGCCCCCGUUAACGCUACUAACCCCGCUAACGCCGCUAAUCACGCUAAUCACGCGGAGAAGCCGUCGAACUUACAAGCCAAACUUAUGGGCGACAAACGCGCCAGCCACAUGAACCACUUCCGAAGGCAACCCCCCUUCACGGACAAAAGGUACAGCAAUGGGUACAGCAAAAUGGUAAGCCCCAAUGGGUACUCAGGCUUUAGGAGAAAUGUUAACAGCUCUAACGACACGAGCAGAUAUGCAAGCGCCAAGAGUAAUAACAACUCGGUGCAGAUAAACCAGGGGGGUGGAAAAAAAGACAGCCGGGAUGUAGCCAACUCUAACAGUUUGGAGAGCAACUUGAAUAACCUAACCAAUUUUAAGAAGCUAGCCAAUUUGAAAAACCUAAUAAACUUGGGAAACGGGUUCAACGAGGGGAAGCUUUCCCCAGGGGGGGAAGCGAUUGAGAAGAAGGGGAUCGAAGCGAUUGAGAAGAGGGGGAUCGAAGCGAUUGAAAGGAGGGGGAUCCAAACGGAUGAGAAGAAAGGAAUCCAAACAAAUGGGCAGAAGGGAACCGAAACUAAAUCGGCGUACAACAGAUUUACCGAAAUUGUGACAAAUAAAAUUAAAAAUUUUACCCUCCGAAGCAGUAAAUCGGUCAGCUGUACUACUGCUAUUGAAGGCGUGCCUUUCUGCAACGCCGCCGAUGAGGGGAAAAAGGACAAAAGUGGCGAACUGAAGGAGGGGGGCAACAAAGCAGAAGAGAGUACCCCCAAGGAGGUGCCCCAAAACAGACACAGCUAUGAGAGCUGUUUCGCGAACGAGAAUAACAACUACCUCUGCGAUAAUAAAAAGGGCGGAAACAUCGUCAGCCACUUCAUGGAGCAGCUAAAUUUUUUCCAAAGCAAGUGCGCGUCGGGGAAGGGGGGCGCCGAUGAUGAGGAGGAGAGUCACUCAGGUGAGGCUAGCCAGGUGCAGGAAGCAGAUCAGAGCAGGGAAAUCGAAAAACAAAAUGAUGGAAGCUCAAAACAGAAGGAUGGCAGCGCAAAACAGAAGGAUGGCAGCUCAAAACAGAAGGAAGGCGGCGCAGAAACGGAGGGAGAAGGAAAGACCUCGGUCACAGACUCAACCAACAAGCCAGGCGAGCACAAAGACAGCGACAACCCCAUUGACAAAGUUAGGAACUACUUGUGCAAAGUGAAAACGCAAGAUGGGGGAAAGAAACGGGUCAAUAGCAUGUUUACUAGGAAGGCCCACGUGUUAGGCGCGGCCAGUGGAGGGAUUGGCGGCGUACAGGGAGGAGCCCCUCUGAAUAGCCGCACGAGCAACUUCGCCGCUGCUCAUAUGAGUAGCUACGGCGCUGGCCAUAUGAGUAACUACGGCGUUGCCCCUCUGAGGAACUACGGUGCUGCCCAUAUGAGUAACUUCGCCGCUACCCCUAUGAGUGGCUUCGCCGCUGCCCAUCUGAACCAUCCAAGCGGAAUGCCAAACUGGAAGAACUGCACAAACGGGGGCAUAAGUGGCACUAAAUGUUACAGCGAAAUUUCGAACGACCCAGUGCAAGCAGGUAGCAACGUUGCAUUUGCACCCAACAGGAAUAUCAAAACGGUGGAGGGAGCAUAUAAGCCAAAUUACAAUUCUCGAGGGGGUUCCGCAGCACCUACGCAUCACACAACGCACUCAUCGAACGGGGCAUUCGCUCCAAGCGGAGCACUCACAGGAAUGGCACCCCCCUCACCACUUUUACCGAUGGGCACGAAGAAGACCAACUCCCACUUCUUGCACCACCAGCCCAGCGGCGAAUUCCUUUUCCCAUUUCAGAAGCGAAACAGCACCUUACACAACCCCAUGUCCGUGGCCAAAUUUCAAGAGCAUGAAAAAAAAGCGGCAAUUUCAGUAGAGAAGGAAAGGGACUUCCUCAACAUGUGCGACGUGAAUACGAAGCAACACGUUUCCUUUACGAACGAAAACAGGUGUCUUUUUAGGAGUGAGCAAAUGAACCAAACGGGGUACCCCUGCAACAAAGGAAACGCCAGUAAUGAGGUUAGCAAAAUGGAACAGCACAGUAAUGCCAAGAUGACUUUUAUUAACCCCUUUGUAGAAGCAGAACCUGCUCUGAAGGGAAUGGGUUCUAUACAUCUGAGUAACAACACGUUGGUAGGCAAGCAAAAUGUAGGACACCAGGACAGCAGUUACCCCUUUUUUAAGGAAAAGCUAACCUCCCUUCAGGAGAAAAGGAACAGCAAUGCCCAAAUGAGCAGCUUCAAUUUGCAUAGCUCCCAGGAGAAGCUGAACCGAAACUGCGUACUCAAGACUGCUUCUAUGCAUGAAAACGGUGUGUUGAAGCCUUCCAGCCAUGGGUGGAGCGGCAGUGCGCACCGAAUGGGGCCCAACUAUAUGCAGCCCAGCGGGGUGGGCUACGCGCCACACGGUGGGAUGAACUGCUCUCCACACAGCGGUGCCAACUAUGUGCCAAAUGUCGGGUCAAACUAUAUGCCUCGGAGUGGGGCCACCUUCAUGCCACACAGCGGAGCCACCUGCAUGCCGAACAGCUCCACCCAGUACGCUCCACACAACGGAUCGGCAAACCACUCCAACCCAGCCAAUCUGUGGAACCCCGAAAGCUUCUCAAAAGAAGCCGCGCCCCUACACAAAAGCGACGGAAACGUCUCCGUGGUGCCCAACUUUUUAAACGCAUACCAAAAGGGUACCCCCUCGAAUGACAUGCACUCCAUGCAUACCACCAUCGAUGAAAGUAACCUGACCAUAGAACAGCUAAUGAAAAUCCCAGGUGUCCAGCUAGGAAAGAAUUACAUACAAGACGUAGACAUCUGCUCAGACUGGCUGAAGUUUAACGACUAUGAUAAGAAGGUGAUCAAGCAGUCCCUCAAGAACAGCUUGGAAAACAACAACUACAAAAGUUUCAUGGACUCUAUGCAAUUUACCCAGGGCUUUUUCCCGGGAGUAAAGCAGGCCUAGAAAAAAAAGGGGAGCCGGGUUCAGUGUGAGGAAGUGGGUCAAUACGCACACUGGCACAGUAUCAUGUGGAACAGCACCAUGUUGGAUAAUUUUUCUACAAGCGUAGAUCUUUCCGUACGCAUUCAUCGCACCUGUGUCCCACUUUUCAAAAGGGGCUAUCAAGUUCAUUUCUUCGGA